UUUCGUGAAAAACGAAAAUUUCGCUUGACAAUUAUUGCACGACAUUUUGGGAAACCGAUCUCCAAGGUUUCUUUGAAAUGAGUAUUAAACUUUCACCUGAGUGGUUGCGAAUAUUUUAUACAAAAUCGUUUAACAAAUUCAGACGCAAUAAACCGUUCAACUGCACCUUUGGAGGUUAGAUCGCAACCGAUUAUUUUUUCGCGAAACGGAGUUUUUAGUUACCAUGGAGUGUCGCUGCUAUCGCUUUCUUGAAUUUCAAACUCUAAUCAAGCGAGAAAAAAAUUGUUCUUUUAAAAAGUCCAGUACUUUUAAAGAAAAAGUUGAAUACUUACGUCCGUUAUUUUCAGACGUUACUUUAUUUUCUUUGUCGUAUAUUUUUUACAUAAUUGAAACAAAGAACGUAUAGUUUUUCAUCAAAAAGUUUUAAUAAUGGAUAAUAAAAAAUAUAAGAUCGAGUAUCCAAAUAAUUCGUUAAUCAUUCUUGAAGCAAUACUAGUUUUUGAUGUAUGGCUUUUGAUGAAAGCUAGAUGGCUUUUGAUUAAUUUUUUUCAAAUAGUGGUUCCUAUACUCAAAUUUUGUUUUAUCUCGCUUAUUGGUGCUGGUUUGCUAAUGGCAUAUUGUUUAGCAAAUUCUAAGUUUGCUAUUCCUGAUCAAAGUAUAGAUUUUAAUUGCAAGAACAGUAAGAUGUCUGACAAAUAUCUUCAAUUAAAUGACGAUUCCAUGCCUAGUGCUAUGUCUGUGAGAAAAGAAUUAAUUCAAAUUAAGAACAUGAAGAUGAGUAUUAAAAAAUCUUUGUUAAAAAUGAAUUUUCAUUUGCAACACUUGUAUGACCAACAAAAAUUGGCAAAUUUAGCUGAUUUUGCUUCUGAAGCUGUGGGUGGCAUUGUCAUCGACACCCCAGGUACUCAGUCUUAUUAUAACCCAUCAUCGAACCAAAUGACUUUGUUUGGAAUACCUAUUUUUAAACCUAAUUAUUUUACACCACGUAAAGUCAUUCAACCUUGGACCCAGGCAGGCGAAUGUUGGGCAUUUCGUGGAUCUCAAGGAAAAAUUGAGAUCCAACUUGCUUAUGCUGUUAUCAUUGAAAGAGUAACUUUAGAGCACAUCACUGCCACUGCUUCAUUAACUGGAAAUAUUGAUUCUGCUCCAAAAGCGUUCAACGUAUUGGGUCAGAUUGAUAAUCAAUAUGUGAUGAUUGAUACUUUUGUAUACAAAAAUAAUGGACAAUCUCUACAGAGUUUUGCUGUCACAAAACCAGAAACUAAAAGUUUCCCUUUCAAGAAAGUGAUAUUAGAAAUUUUAUCAAACUGGGGUAAUCCGGAUUACACGUGUAUUUAUAGAUUUAAAGUACAUGGCAAGAUGUAUGAGGUUUUCAAAGAUGAAGCCAACAUGAAAGUUCAAUAAUCAUUAUUAGUUGUGAAAUGAAAUUUUUAUGAUAUAAUAAUUGUAAUAUUAAAAUUUAGGUAAAGUAAAGAAAAAGACA